ACAUGAGGAAAAGAUUUGGUGUUAUGCCCUUCAAGAAUCCUUCACUUAAGUGGGCCCUUCUCUCAAUGGAGUCCUCGCUGAUUACGCUAUUGGUUUUUAUUCCAGCUCCUUGCAGUGCCAUCAUGAUAAAUUGCUCUCAACCGAACCAACUGGCGCUGCUGGAGGCCCUGAAGCCGAUCUUUAAGAUGGGCGCCAUACGGCCAGUCACAAACAUGGCAACCCCCACCAACGUCAGCUUACACUUCUUCCUCUAUGGAAUAUUAGGAGUGAAUGAGAAGGCUCAACUCCUGACAACUUAUCUUUGGCAACAUUUUCUGUGGCAGAAUGAGUUUGUCAGUUGGGACCCAGUCCAGUGCGGCACUGACAAGAUUUCUCUUCCCAGACAUAAAUUUUGGGUUCCAGAUCUUAUCAUCCAUGAAUUUAUGGAUCAAGACAAAGCUCCAUUUGUUCCGUAUGUGAAUCUGCACAGCAAUGGAAAAAUGGAAGACGCAAAACCGACCAGAGUUGUCAGUACAUGUAAUCUCGACAUCUACACCUUCCCCUUUGACAUACAGGACUGCACUCUUACUUUUGGCUCCUUCAUCAACUUGGCAAGUGACUUGAAGUUGUCCCUAUCGAUGUCUGAAGAUUUUAUCACAGCGAAAUCCAAGAGUGUCAUGACCACUUUAGGGGAAUGGGAGCUGCUGAACAUCACGGCCGUAAAGCAGAUUCAUCAAUUUGGGAGUGAGGAUACCUAUGUGGAAAAGCUUCAAUUUCAUAUCCUAUUGCGACGCAGGUCCACGCUGUACGUGGUGAGCCUGCUUAUCCCCAGCAUUUUCCUUAUUACAGUGGACCUUUUUAGCUUCCUGCUACCUCCACAAAGUGCGGAUCGCUCCUCCUUCAAGAUGACCCUCAUCCUGGGCUACACCGUCUUCCUGCUCAUCAUGAAUGACCUGCUGCCUAUCACAGGAAACACCAUUCCCAUCAUGAAUGUGUUCUUCUCUUUGUGUCUGGCUCUGAUGGUGGCCAGUCUCCUGGAGACGAUCAUCGUCACCAACUUAUUGCUCACCUCUGAAAAUGUCACUCCGGUUCCUCGCUGGAUCCGUGUGCUUGUUCUGCACAUUCUAGGUCGUCUUGUUGGUCUGCCUUGGGAAGAAGUCAAAGAUGCAGACACAAGACGCACCAGUGUGUCCACACAGCAUGGAGCUGAAGAUGACCCUCAUGAGGAGAAAGGACCAGCAGUGGAGGACAGGGCGCUGCAGGAGCUGAGGAGCCUUGGUGGAGACCUGAAGGUCCUCCGCCAGCAGGUGGAGGAGCAGCUGGGGUGCAGCCGGAGCUCAAAAGAGUGGAUCCAGUGCUGCCCACAGAAAGUCAAGCCUAUGGUUCUCUUCAUCUUCGUCUCGCUCUUCAUGCACGCGUCAUGCGUCUCCAUCAUGCCGAACUGCUCUCGCCCGGAUAGCCCCGCCCUACUGGAGGCUCUCAGGCCCGUCUUCAGCCUCAGCUCCAUUCGACCCGUUGUGAACAUUUCAACUGCCACGCUUGUCAGUGUUGACUUUGUCCUGAUAGGCAUUCUCGGGGUGGUAAGCGACAUUGACAUCUAUUACAAAAAAGGUCACAACUUCUCUUGUUUAAUGGCGACCCCUAUAAAACUAAUACAUUUUGACUUCUUCUUUCAGGAUGAAAAGGCUCAGAUAGUGACAACAUUUAUCAUCCAAAUGUUGAGGUGGAGAAAUGAGUUUAUUAGCUGGGAGCCAAACAAGUGUGGUGCCCAAUGGAUUACAGUCCCAAGAAAAGUGCUGUGGGUCCCCGAUAUGGUCAUCAAUGAGUUCAUGGAGAGGAACUCAGCUCCGUUCACGCCAUACACAUAUGUGUAUCACGACGGCUUUGUGAUCGAUCUACAGCCUCUCCGAGUGGUGAGCUCCUGCAGGCUCGACAUAUACACUUUUCCAUUUGACAUCCAGAACUGCACUUUAACCUUCAACGCCUACCUGCAUCGUUGUAAGUACGAACUCAUCCAUACUCCUUUUAUAUUCACAAGUUCCACUGACAAAAUGUCAUAUUCAUCAUUUUCUCACGGACAGAUUUCAAUGCGACGCCGAUCCAUGCUGUACGUGGUGAACCUGCUGAUCCCCUGCUGCUUCCUCAUCACAGUGGACCUCUUCAGUUUCCUGCUGCCUCCUCAGAAGGUGGACCGCUCCUUGUUCAAGAUGACCCUCAUUUUGGGCUACACCGUCUUCCUGCUCCUCAUGAACGACCUGCUGCCCAUCACUGGAAACACCAUACCCCUCAUAAAUGUGUUCCUGUCCCUCUGCCUCGCUCUGAUGGUGGUGAGUCUUCUGGAGACCAUUCUCAUCACCAACCUACUGCACAAUUCUGCUCACUACUCAGAGGUUCCUCGCUGGAUCCGCAUUUUUGUCAUCCAGUUAAUGGGGCACCUGGUUCUGCUUCCUCCAAAGCCCACACAAGUGGAGCAGAUCAUCCGAAAUCCUGGCACACUUGGUAAGACCACGCUAACAGAAAUGGAGCCAUUCACUCAGAGAGCAGGUAAAGGAGCGGCCCAAAGACCAGAAGGGCCACUGGGCCAGGACAAGGCUGUGGAAGAGUUAAGGAGCCUGGGAAGAGACCUCCGAGUCAUCCGGCUGAAAGUGGAACAGGAGCUGGAUGUCAGCCAGAGCGCAGAAGAGUGGAUCCAAGUUGGUUUUAUCAUAGACCGCCUGCUGUUUGGCAUCUACACCCUCUUCAUAUCUGUCAGCUUCAUUAGCAUCAUUGUCAUGUGGGUCAACUCAUACAACGCAUCACGAUUUCACUUAUAAACUGGCAUGCUGUGCAUUAAUGACGUGUUUGAAUGGAUUGUCCUGUUAGUGUGUUAUUUGCAUGACAAUGUAGCAGCACAGUUUAUCCCCUUUUAAAUUAUAUUAUUACUCACCACUAUUGUAUCUAGUGGGGUUUUUUGUUUGUUUGUUCUUUUUUGAUAGUUUUUGUUGUUUUAUGCUUUAUUUCCUUAAAAAAAUAACUUAAUCAGCAUGUAAUGUCGGUUCAUUCAUGUAUGCUAAUAACUCAUUUGAGAAAUGAAGCAGUUUGGUCUGUUCAAAUCUUUUGUGUGUUUGUGUGUGUGUGUUUUAAAUCAACAGUCCAAUCAAUUGUUAUCAAUGAACUUAAGUGUGCCACAUGCUAACCAAGACAUUUAUAAGAUAUGAUGCUACUCCUUGACGGACAAAUCAUCCUGGACCGCAAGGACCAGAUCAUUUUGCACCUAGAUGGGUGUUUGACAGUUGAUAUAAAAAGUCUACACACCCCUGUUCAAAUGCUAGG